AAAAAUUGACUGAUUAAGUGAUUAAGAAAGAUAUCAGUUAACUCUUUUCUUGAUUUAUGCGUAUUAAUUAUUUAUAUUCAAUAUAUCAAAUAAGUGCAGUAUGGCUACUGUUCAAAAAACUAAAUCCGCUAUAACUCUGAAAGGGUCUGCUGAAAUAAUUUGUGAUUAUUUAAAUUGUGGAAUUAAUUCAAUACUCUUCCAAAGGGGAAUAUAUCCUCCAGAAACAUUUAAAAGUGUUGAGAACUAUGAAUUGACUAUGUUUAUGUCGCAAGACAAGAAAAUAAUAGAGUUUUUAGAGAAAACCUUAGUUCAAUUGAAAGAGUGGUUAGUCCAGAGGUAUGUGAAUAAAAUUGCUCUAAUUAUAACUAAUGUAAAAACCAGAGAAACAUUAGAGAGAUGGGACUUCAAAGUAGAAUAUGAAGGGGAUUCAAGUGAACAAGUGUCAGAUAAGCCUCUGCCAACAAUUAAAAAAGAAAUAAGGGAUGUAGUCAGGCAAAUUACAGCAUCAGUAACUUACCUUCCACUAUUAGAUUGCCUCUGUAGUUUUGAUGUUCAAAUUUACACUAAAGAUGAUAUAGAAUUACCCGAGGAAUGGACUGAAUCAGAACCAGCAAAUAUUAAGAAUGCUCAAAGCGUCAGAAUGAAAGCAUUCUCUACUAAUCUCCAUAAAAUGGAAACUGUGGUUACUUAUAAGAAUACAGAAUUGUAGACCUAAUAUGGUCCUACCAUUUUGGUUUAAAAUUGACAAACACCCUAUUUUUAUAAUGUUAUAUGUUGAUGAAACUGAUUUGUGUUAUAUUAACAUGUACUCCUUUUUAAGCAUAAAAUGAACUUCAAUGGGUGGAAAUUUUUGAAUGCAGCAUGUAAAUAAACUUGCUUUUCUGAUUA